UUUUGCGACGCCUUCAUGUCAUCUAAGAAAACCUGAGCUGAUAAUAUAAAGUUCAACAAUCACACUUAUUCAUGAAAUCUCAAAAAUGCUUUCACUUUCCUUUUUCGGAUGAAUUUUUCAACGAAAUUCAUUUCUGUAUGAUUGAGAGAAAAAAUCCAAGCACAUAUUGAUACCGCUCUUCGAUCUAUGAUGUUGUCAACUUUUGCCAGUGAAAUAUUCUACAAAAAUUUCAAUCUUAGCAAUUCCGAACCUGUUGCCACAUGACGACUCAUAUCAAUUCCACUAAGUUCCAGAUUUCCGAAUGACACUUGUGCAACCGAUCCCUACAGUAACAUGGGUUUUGCUUGGCACUUUGCUUUUAUCGAUGUGACAAUAAAUUUUCUAGCAAAAACUAUCACUUUCAAUCUAGCGAGAAUACGCCCUUUGGCGUAAUAUUGAACAUUGCGAAACUGGUCCCACGCACAGAACCCAUCCCAUCAAAUUUCUAGCAAUUCCGGAAUUCCAACGAACACGACCAACAGGGAAUUGCACGCAAUUCCGAUUCUCUCCAAAAUUGAGUUAUCCUUCAUUAUUUGUUAUUCGGUACCUUCUCCUCUCGACUUGCAGACAACGAUACUAGUCAUGUCCACAUCAGAAUUCGCACAGACACCCACACCAACAUUCCCAUAACCACUACUCUAUUUUAGGCGGCUGCACUGACAACAACGGUGGAUGUGAUCCAAACGCCACUUGCUCACAUGAUGCUACGACAAAUGCAAUAGAUUGCACCUGUAAAACUGGUUACACCAACACUGGUAGCUCUGUGAACGUUGUAUGUAAAGAUAGUUGCACUGUCAACAAUGGAGAUUGUGAUUCAAACGCCAUUUGCUCGCAUGAUGCUACGACAAAUGCAGUAAAAUGCACCUGUAAAGCUGGUUAUACGAACACUGGUAGCUCCGUGAACGUUGUAUGUAAAGAUAUUUGCGCUGUCAACAAUGGAGAUUGUGGUACGAGCGCCACUUGCUCAUAUAAUGCUGCAACAAAUGCAGUAGCAUGCACCUGUGCAGAUGGUUAUAUCUACACAGUCUCGGCUUCGGAAGGUAUACACAGAGUUAGUAUUCCUGCUGGUGCUAAAUGGUCAAAGAACGGAGUGACUGUUGCUGGAGGUCACGGGGGAGGGGGUGCUAGAAAUCAACUCUUCUACGCUUGGGGUCUCUUUGUUGAUGAUGAUCAAACGGUGUUUAUUGCUGAUUGGGGGAAUCAUCGUAUCGUGCAAUAUAAGAACGGUGAUACGACGAAUGGACAAGUUGUUGCUGGUGGUAAUGGCGUAGGAAAUGGAUUACAUCAAUUGUUUGGUGUAAUUGAUGUAUUAAUUGACAAAAAGUCGAAUAGUCUCAUUAUUUGUGAUCAAGGGAAUUUACGAGUUGUACGAUGGUCUCGUUGUAGUGGUACAACACAAGGAGAAGUCCUCAUUGAUAACAUCUACUGUGCAGGAUUAGCAAUGGAUGAGCAGAGAUAUCUCUACGUCUCUGUAAUCGGAAAAAGUGAAGUGAGACGAUAUCAAUUGGGUAAGAAGAAUUACACUAUCGUAGCUGGUGGUAAUGGUGAAGGUAAUGGUCUCAAUCAACUCAACUAUCCGACAUAUCUCUUUGUCGAUCAGCAACAGAAUGUCUACGUGUCAGACAGCUCCAAUCAGCGUGUAAUAAAAUGGAAUAAAGAUGCAAAAGAAGGUAUUGUGGUCGCUGGUGGACAAGGCCUAGGGGGUGCUCUGACUCAAUUGUAUUAUCCUGAAGGAAUCUUCGUUGAUACGUUCGGUACACUCUAUGUAGCAGACUCGGGGAAUCAUCGCGUCAUGCGUUGGACUCAAGGAGACAACAAGCAGGGCACUGUAAUUGUGGGUGGAAACGGCGCAGGAGUAGGAGCAAAUCAGUUCGACCGCCCCUUUGGUUUGUCUUUCGAUCGACGUGGUAAUCUCUAUGCUGUCGAUUACAAUAAUCACCGUGUUCAACGAUUUUCUAUCGAAUAA